CAGGCGCACAGCCAGGGGCACGGAUCAGCCUUGAUCUUCUGCCUUCCGUUUUGCAAAGCCCUGGCACAGGGCUCUGCUUGGCAUCCUCUGCUCUGGGGAAGCUCUGGGAGGUCCCGCAAGCCCCGCCCCAGCGGGGGCGGGUCCUGCACCUGCAGCCUUGGGCUCCUGGCUCUUUUCCUACCUGAGUUCACCUGGCACCCUCCACAAUCACUCAGAUGCUCCCAAGCGCCGCGCUGCUCCAGGGCCUCGGCCUGAUCCCUUCUCCACCCAGGUGUCCCGGGCGCCCCGCUCAGCCAUGUCGUCCUGCAGGCGAGUGGCGCUGGUGACCGGCGCCAACAAGGGCAUCGGCUUUGCCAUUGCGCGCGACCUGUGCCGCCAGUUCACGGGAGACGUGGUGCUCACGGCGCGGGGCCAGGCGGCCGUGCAGCAGCUGCAGGCUGAGGGCCUGAGCCCGCGCUUCCACCAGCUGGACAUCGACGACCUGCAGAGCAUUCGCGCCCUGCGCGACUUCCUGCGCAGGGCGUAUGGGGGCCUGGACGUGCUGGUCAACAACGCGGGCAUCGCCUUCAAGACUGCUGAUACCACACCCUUCCAUAUUCAAGCAGAAGUGACCCUGAAAACAAACUUUUUUGGUACCAUAGAUAUCUGCACGGAGUUACUCCCCCUAAUAAAACCCCAAGGCAGAGUGGUGAAUGUGUCUAGCAUGAUGAGUCUCAUGACCCUUAAAAAAUGCAGCCCAGAGCUGCAGCAGAAGUUCCGCAGCGAGACCAUCACAGAGGAUGAGCUGGUGGGGCUCAUGAACAAGUUUGUGGAAGAUACCAAGAAGGGAGUGCACGAGAAAGAGGGAUGGCCCAACACCACAUAUGGAGUUUCAAAGAUUGGCGUCACAGUCGUGUCGAGAAUCCAGGCCAGGAAACUGAGUGAGCAGAGGAAAGGAGACAAAAUCCUCCUAAAUGCCUGCUGCCCAGGCUGGGUUAGAACCAACAUGGGGGGACCCAAUGCCACCAAAAGUCCAGAAGAAGGAGCAGAGACCCCUGUGUACUUGGCCCUUUUACCCCAAGAUGCUCAGGAGCCUCAUGGACAGUUCAUAUCGGAGAAGAAAGUUCAAGAAUGGUGAGCUGGACUCACAGCUCCAUCUGUGGGCCCCAUUUUGUACCCUGUCCUGAUUUGACCCAAAGGAAAUUUACAAUGUCAAAAAUAUUCCUAGCCAAUAAAAAAAAAUCACAUCAAAACAUCCCUAUCAGGUAUUCACUAAUGUACUACGAAUGGAGUAGGCUACUCACGCAGCUGACUACUAAUUCUACAAAGACUCUUAUAAUUUCCUUUGUCAUGUAGGGAGAGGAAAACAUGUGAUUGCUGAAAAUCAUGAAUGAAAGUCAAUAGAUGAAUAAAUUCUUCUUUGUCAAUGUC